AUGACUAACAAAUCUUUGAGCAUCGCGACAAAUAUUGAACAAGUUUCAAUUGAUCAAUUACGUGUACUUGAACCAUCUUUAUUAAAAAUUGCUCCUCUAGCAUUUGAAUGUCAAUUAUGGGCAAUUCGACCAAAUUUAGCUCGUUAUCCAUUAAAUAAUUGGCCUAUUGCAGCACUUAAUUUUGUUUGUUCACUUAUUCUUGAACGACAAGUUGAAGCAGAAACAAAAGCUGUUGCAAGAAAUAUAGUUAAAUGUGAUAUAUUAUUAGAUAUACAAUCAAAUCGUAAUAAUCAUAAUCAAAAUCAUCAAAAAAAUAUAAUGAAAUAG